AUGUUCCUAUCCGCAACACCAAGCAUCUUCACCCUACUCCUCAAGCAACUUCGCACAAACUCAUCCGACAUGCAGUUUAUUAAUCUCUCCGCCCUCGCCCUUUUAGCUACUUCCGCUCUGGCGGCGGACUGCUUCGGGCUGCACCACCAGGGCUGCACCACCAGGGGCUCUAAGAGCAUAAAGGGACUGGCAACUAUUACUGUCAAUGUCGAACUGAGCCGCAAGAACACUGGUGGCAAGAAGGGAUUCAAGGAUUGCUGGGAUGCUACUGAGAAUAUUAUCAACCAGUGCGUCAAGGGGUCUCACCAGCUGAGUGGAACUUGGGAGUACAAUGGUCAGCUGUAUCAGGUCAACGGAUACUAUUCUUAAGCUCCGGCAACGUGUUUAACAUGAUUUGUGAGACAGACAGGGGGGGGGAU